GACCACACCGACCAACACGGCGGCACGGGCCCGCCUGUAAGCGGCUCGGCUAGUGCAUGAAAGUGGGGAUAGUAAGUAAGUAAGUUGAUUAGAAGGGGUGGCUGCUGGCUGCUAAUUAGCUUUAGUUCUUUAAAAUGAAUUAAUUAAGCAAACAAAGCUGACACUUUUGAAUUCCUUUUUCAUCAUUCUUUUCAACUUUCUUCAUUCUUCUUUAAUCCAACACUUUACAGUAUACAAAUCUCAUACCAUUUGCCCUAAUAGUAAUACCUCUCUCUAACACCAUAUCAUCUUCAUCUUCAUGUUCUUCUUCUGCUGAUCAUUCUGGUCAACUUUGAGGAUCUUCCAUAAAAAUAAUGGGUGGUCCUGUAAAUAUUGUAGUUGGAUCACAUGUUUGGGCAGAGGAUCCUCAAGAAUCUUGGAUUGAUGGAGAAGUUACACAAAUUAAUGGCAAAGUUGCCACCAUAAUUACCACAAAUGACAAAACUAUAGUUGCAGAUAUUUCUAGCAUAUAUCCGAAGGACACAGAGGCACCGCCAGCAGGAGUUGAUGACAUGACCAAAUUGGCAUACCUCCAUGAACCCGGGGUCUUGCAUAACCUUGCUUGUCGAUUUUCUCUCAAUGAAAUUUAUACUUACACUGGGAACAUUCUGAUAGCAGUGAAUCCUUUCCAAAGACUGCCACAUUUAUACGAUGUUCAUAUGAUGGAGCAGUACAAGGGAGCUCCUUUCGGAGAGCUAAGUCCGCACCUUUUUGCUGUGGCAGAUACUUGUUACAGAGCAAUGAUAAACGAACAGGAAAGCCAGUCCAUUUUGGUAAGUGGAGAGAGUGGAGCUGGUAAAACAGAGACGACUAAAAUGCUCAUGAGAUACCUUGCAUUCAUGGGGGGCAGAUCAGGCACAGAAGGAAGAACUGUGGAGCAACAAGUUUUGGAGUCCAAUCCAGUUCUGGAAGCAUUUGGGAAUGCUAAAACCGUGAAAAACAACAAUUCGAGUCGUUUUGGCAAGUUCGUUGAGAUUCAAUUUGAUAAGCAUGGAAAGAUCUCUGGAGCUGCAGUUCGCACUUAUCUUCUUGAAAGGUCACGUGUUUGCCAAGUUUCCGAUCCAGAGAGAAACUAUCAUUGCUUUUACAUGCUUUGUGCAGCACCACCAGAGGAUGCAAAGAAAUUCAAGCUAGGGGAUGCAAAAACAUUCCACUAUUUAAAUCAAUCCAGCUGUUAUAAAGUAGCCAAUGUGGAUGAUGCCAGAGAAUAUAUGGAGACCAGAAAUGCAAUGGAUAUUGUAGGGAUAGGCCAGGAUGAGCAGGAUGCAAUAUUCCGUGUAGUGGCUGCAAUCCUCCAUCUUGGAAAUAUUGAAUUUAUCAAAGGAAAAGAAAUCGACUCCUCCAAACUUAAGGAUGAGAAAUCACGCUACCAUCUACAAACUGCUGCGGAGCUACUAAUGUGUGAUGAGAAGGCACUUGAAGACUCACUUUGCAAGCGUGUCAUAGUGACUCCUGAUGGGAACAUCACAAAACUUCUAGACCCAAAUGCAGCUGUGCUGAGUCGUGAUGCCUUCGCAAAGACUGUAUACUCACGGCUGUUUGACUGGAUUGUGGACAAGAUUAACAGCUCAAUAGGUCAAGAUCCCAAUGCAACAAGUAUAAUCGGAGUCCUUGAUAUUUAUGGGUUUGAAAGCUUCAAGAUUAAUAGUUUUGAACAGUUUUGCAUCAACCUGACCAAUGAGAAGUUGCAACAGCACUUUAACCAGCAUGUAUUCAAGAUGGAGCAAGAAGAGUACACAAGGGAGGAAAUAAACUGGAGCUAUGUAGAGUUCGUUGAUAACCAAGAUGUGUUGGAUCUUAUUGAGAAGAAACCCGGAGGAGUAAUAGCCCUGCUUGAUGAGGCCUGCAUGUUUCCCAAGUCCACUCAUGAAACAUUUGCACAGAAGAUGUACCAGACAUAUAAAGGACACAAACGCUUCAGCAAGCCAAAACUUGCUAGAACAGCCUUCACAAUCAAUCACUACGCAGGAGAUGUGACAUAUCAAGCUGACCACUUCCUUGAUAAAAACAAAGACUAUGUUGUAGCAGAACAUCAAGCCCUGUUAAAUGCAUCAAAGUGCCCUUUUGUCGCUAAUUUUUUUCCUCCACUACCUGAAGAGGCAUCAAAGCAGUCCAAGUUCUCUUCCAUUGGUACCCGCUUUAAGCAACAAUUACAAGCCUUAAUGGAGACGCUGAGCACAACAGAACCACAUUACAUCAGAUGUGUAAAGCCAAAUACAGUUCUAAAACCUGGAAUCUUUGAGAAUUUCAAUGUGCUGAACCAAUUACGAUGUGGGGGUGUACUAGAGGCAAUUAGGAUAAGCUGUGCUGGGUAUCCAACAAAAAGAACAUUUGACGAAUUCCUCGAUCGUUUUGGAAUGCUCGUACCUGAUGUUCUAGAAGGGUGUGAUGAAAAAACAGCAUGCAUUACCAUCUUGGAGAAGAUGGGUUUGAAGGGUUAUCAGAUUGGAAAAUUAAAGGUGUUCCUUAGAGCAGGGCAGAUGGCCGAGUUAGACGCACGAAGAACUGAAGUGUUGGCUACUUCUGCUAGACGAAUCCAGCGACAAAUUCGAACUCAUCUGGCACGAAAAGCGUUCAUCACAUUUCGGCGGGCUUCAAUUCAAAUGCAGAAACUCUGGAGAGCACAACUUGCACGUAAGCUCUAUGAAGAAAUGAGAGCAGAAGCAGCUGCAAUUCGCAUACAAAAGAACAUGCGUGCUCACACAGCAAGAGAACAUUACAAGAACUUGCAGAAAUCAGCUGUAAUGAUUCAAACUGGACUUCGAACAAUGACGGCGCGUAAUGAGUACAGAUCCAGAAGAAGAAUCAAGGCUGCAACUAUAAUUCAGACUGAAUGGAGAAGGUUCCAAGCUUGUUCUGCUUAUAACCAGAAGAAGAAAUCAACCCUAAUACUUCAAUGUCUUUGGAGGUCCAGAGUAGCAAAGAAGGAGCUUAGAAAGCUGAAGAUGGCUGCAAGAGAAACAGGGGCACUUAAAGAAGCUAAGGAUAAAUUAGAGAAGCGUGUUGAAGAGCUAACAUGGCGACUGGAGUUAGAAAAGCAAUUGAGGAUUGAUCUUGAAGGAGCUAAGGGGCAAGAAAUCACAAAGCUACAAAAUUCAUUGCAAGAUAUGCAAGGACAGCUCGAUAAAGCCUCGGCUGCAAUCAUCCAAGAGAAAGAAGCAGCAAGGAUAGCAAUAGAGCAAGCCCCACCGAUCAUCAAAGAGGUGCCUAUUGUGGACGAAACCAUGCUGGAGUUGCUAAAGCAUCAAAAUGGAGAACUGCAGGAUAUACUAAGAGAGACGAAGAAGAGAAUGGAAGAAUUUGAGGAAAAGUGUAGUGAACUAGAAAAGGAAAGCAAAUCGAGAUUAAAAGAGGCAGAAGAAGCGCAGCUGAAAACAAUGCAACUCCAAGAGAGCAUUGAGAGAUUAGAAUUGAACUUGACCAGUCUCGAAUCAGAGAAUCAGGUUCUACGCCAACAAGCUCUGGUUGCAUCAACUACAGAGGAUCUUUCAGAAGAACUAGAUGUCCUCAAGCAAAGGAUAAAAGACCUAGAAUCGGAGAAUGAAAUACUCCGCAAACAACCAGCUGUUGUAGAACAGACAGUGACUUCUGAAAAGACUCUCUCUCCAGUGAAGAACUUUGACAAUGCAAACCGAAGAAAAGAAGAGCUUCAAACGAUAAAAGAGCCAGAACCUCUUGCUACCCUCUUAACGAAACAAAGAUCCCUAACAGACAGGCAGCAGGAAAGCCAUGAUUUACUCAUCAAGUGCCUUGUAGAAGAGAAGCGAUUUGAUAAGAACAGACCGGUUAUUGCCUGUGUUGUAUACAAAUCAUUUCUUCAAUGGAGAUCAUUUGAAGCAGAGAAGACAAAUAUAUUUGAUAGGAUAAUUCAGACAAUCAGAUCAUGCAUAGAGAGUCAAGAUAACAUCAGUACCCUAGCGUACUGGCUGUCAACAACUUCAACCCUUUUGUAUCUUCUCCAAACUACUCUGAAGGCGAACAACACAGUAAAAGCAUCUUCACAGCAUUACCGAACCUCAUCUGCCACAUUAUUUGGCAGAAUGAUGCAGCCAUCUACAAUGGGACUGGGAAUGUCAAGUGGGUACAGUGGAAUGGUGGGAAAACCAAAUGAGCAAUUAAAAGUUGAAGCCAAGUAUCCAGCAUUACUAUUUAAGCAACAUCUAACUGCAUAUGUUGAGAAAAUAUACGGGCUAAUUCGUGAUAGUGUCAAAAAAGAGAUAAGUCAAUUCUUGCAUUUGUGCAUACAGGCUCCAAGAUCAAUUAGAGCUAGAUCAGUACGGGGGUCAUCUAGAAAUAUACAUUCAAAUAUUGUCGCAAGACAACAAGCAUCAAACAUACACUGGCAAAGCAUUGUUAACAAGCUAGAAACUACUUUGAGUAUACUGUUGGACAACAAUGUCCCUGCGGUGUUAACAGGAAAAAUCUUUAGUCAGGCCUUCUCAUUCAUAAAUGUACAGUUUUUUAACAGCUUAUUACUUCGACGUGAGUGCUGCUCAUUUAGUAAUGGAGAAUAUUUAAAGGCCGGUUUGCAAGAACUGGAUCAAUGGUGCCUCAAAGCAACAGAUCAGUUUGUAGGAUCAUCGAGUAAUGAACUCCAGCACAUAAAGCAAGCAGUUGGAUUUCUGGUUUUGCAUCAAAAAUCUCAAAAAUCAUUGGAUGAGAUAACAAAUGAACUCUGCCCGAUAUUGAGCAUUCCACAAAUAUAUCGCAUUGGGACUAUGUUCUGGGAUGAUAAAUACGGAACUCAAGGAUUACCUCCAGAUGUGAUUGGGAAGAUGAGAACACUUAUGACAGAAGAUUCAAUCAACAUGCCUAAUAAUUACUCAUUCUUGCUGGACGUUGAUUCAAGCAUACCAUUUUCAAUGGAAGAGAUGUUGAGAUGCUUUGACACAAUCAGUGUAUCGGACAUUGACCCGCCGCAGCUUCUCCGGCAAAGAUCGGACUUCCAUUUUUUGUUUCAAACGACGGAUUUGUGAAUAUGAGUGAGUGAGUGAGUGGGUGUGAUUGGUUUUUGUUGUAUAGUUGAGACUUGAGAGGGUGUGAGUGAUUUUUUGUGAAUGUAAUUUAUUUUUUCUUUCAUUCUUUUUGCUACCAAUUUUAUU